UCAUAAUGGCAGAGUGAAGAUGGGUGACUGGAACUUCCUUGGGGGGAUUUUGGAGGAGGUGCAUAUCCACUCCACGAUGGUAGGCAAGAUCUGGCUCACCAUCCUGUUCAUCUUCCGUAUGCUGGUCCUCGGGGUGGCAGCUGAGGAUGUGUGGAACGACGAGCAGGCUGACUUUAUAUGCAACACUGAGCAGCCUGGAUGCAGAAAUGUGUGCUACGACCUGGCUUUCCCAAUCUCCCUCAUCCGCUACUGGGUGCUGCAGGUUAUUUUUGUGUCCUCUCCCUCGCUGGUUUACAUGGGCCACGCUCUCUACAGGCUCCGGGCGUUGGAGAAGGAACGGCAGAAGAAGAAGGCGCUGCUGCGGAGGGAGUUGGAGUUGGUAGAUGUGGAGUUGGCAGAAGCCAGGAAGAGAAUUGAGCGGGAGAUGAAACAGGUUGAUCAAGGGAAGCUUAACAAAGCUCCUCUCAGAGGUUCUCUGCUCCGCACCUAUGUGGCUCACGUUGUCACUCGCUCUAUUGUUGAAGUGGCCUUCAUGACAGGCCAAUACGUCCUUUAUGGCUUUCACCUCUACCCACUGUUCAAAUGUGAGCGGGAUCCUUGUCCCAAUGCGGUAGACUGCUUUGUUUCCAGACCAACUGAGAAAAGUGUCUUUAUGGUGUUCAUGCAAUGCAUUUCUGCAAUUUCUCUCUUCCUAAACAUCUUGGAGAUCAUGCAUCUGGGUUACAAGAAGAUUAAGAAAGGCAUCUUGGACUUCUACCCUCACUUGAGAGAUGACAGAGAUGACCUUGAUGAUUACUAUGCCAACAAAUGUAAAAAAGAGUCUGUAGUGCAAAUAUGCACUAGUGUAACUCGAAAGGCAACGAUUGCCUCUGCACCCAGUGAAUACAACCUGGAGAGGGUGCAGGGCACAAUGUACCCAAACCUUAUCAAACCUUCAACUUUUCUACCUGUUCAGGGCGAGCUGGCCAAUCAGCAGGAUUUGGAUGAUUCUAAAUGUUCCACUCAAAGUCCCCCUGGGUAUAACUGCACCUCGACUACCAACGAGCCGUGCUCUCCAUGCUCUCCAUGCUCUGACUCCGUAAUUAAUGCAAAGCAGGAGGCUGAGGAGUUUUUGCAUCCUCCCCCACACAGUAAGGAGGGCAGCGAAAGAGGGAGCCCAGACUCUCCAAAAUGCCCACAGAGGGCAACUACUGCUUCCUCCUUCCCCACGCUGCCAAUAAGUGCAGCAAGAAGACCGUGGAGGGCUCACGGCUCUAUGAAAUGCUCCACAGUGCCAGAAGGUAAAAGCUCUGACACGGAUUCAUAUGGGGGUGCGAAAGCUAGUAGUGGACCGCCCUCGGCCAAGCAUCAAAGCCGACCCUCCACUCCAGAGUCGCUGGAUGACUCCAGCUCAGGAUCCGGGCACAAUCCGAGACCACCUUCCUCUACAUGCAAAACAUCAGUGGCAAGUAACUCGAGCAGCAGACGAGCACCUGACCUGCAAAUCUAA